AUGCCAGAUGCCGGUCCCUCCCAGUGGUCUGUUGGCGAGGUGUGCACCUGGAUAACGACUCUGGGACUCCCUGAAUAUGUCGCAGCGGCCUUCAAGGACAACGCGAUUGCAGGCGCAGACCUGCUCGAGCUCAGCGACGAGGACUUGAUGAAGGAGCUGGGUUGUAAACCCUUACAGGUCCGCAAGAUCCGCAACUCCCUGGAGAAGAUGGGUUUCAGCAAGCCGGUGACGGCUGCAGACACGCCAGCUGCGGACGCCAAGGCGGCGGUGGCGCCUGCCCCGGCUCCAGCCGCGGCAGCUGCUCCCAGCGCUCCUGCGGCCGCCCCCGAGCCAGCAACAGCCAUCGUCCCUGCCGCAGCACCUGCACCAGCGGCGUCUGCACCGCCCCCACCCGCCGGCUAUCCUGCCGACUACCCGCCCCCCUCCUCCGCGCCCUACCCUCCCCCCGGCGCGCCCCCGCCCUACCCCUACCCCGCCGCCGCCCCGCCGCCGCCUGCGGAGGAGCCGAAGAAGAACAACGGCAAGAAGGUGGCGGCGGCGGCGGUGCUGCUGACCCGGCCCAAUCGCAUGAUGCGGAGAGGCAUGAUGAUGAUGAACUAG